AACUGACUAUUCACUCCAUUUUGUGUUUACUGAGAAUGAAAUUGUUUCAUCUGUUUUAAGGCCAACUGAGCUACUGCACAUCUGUGGCCUGUUUGUAAGAUUUGCAUUUUCAGUAAGAACAAUAAGAACACAAACAAGCAGACAUACUGUAGUCUGAACUGUUCAGUUCAGUGAUGAUUUUUGCAGGACAAUGUCAAGAGCUCAGGGACUUUCUUGCCCUGAAUUUAGUCUGUCAGGCAUCACUUAAAGGAACAGUGCAGCAAUUUAGUCCUGCACUUUAGUUGAGAUUUUGGAAGCACAUAGCACGCACAAAGGAUCAAAAAAAAUUGGCAGACCUUAUCUUAUAGUUAUACUUACUAUGUGCAUGUGGACAAUUAUUCUGAUUAUGGUGCUGCCUGAUCCUUCACAGGCUGUCUGUGUAAUGAAUAUGAGCUAAAAUAUCAAUCUAAAUGUUUCUUAAUUCCACUUACACUGUGAUCAAAACAUUUUUUGAACAUGUUGCUUGGCACGUUGGAACAUUAAGUAUGACAAAUUGACUCUUAACGGUUUAUUUUUGCUUUGAUGUACCAGUAGCUAUCACUGAAUUACUGUGGCAGUGAAGAGCUCCUAAUGAUUUGAUAAUUCUCAGGCAAGUUCUGAAGCAUUCUCAUUUGUAGCCCACACUAUUUUGUAAUUCUCAGGUAGUUUUUCAGUUUUGAGACAUUUUCCUGUAAUUAAUCAGCUAUAAUUCCAAGAUCCGACAGUUAUUUUAUUUACUUACUUUAUAGUCAACUUAUAAUAAAAUGAAGUUUCCAUCCUUAAGGCAAACUUGGUCAAAGACGUCUAAAGUGCAUCAUAAUGUUGUGCUUAGAGAAAAUACUCUGUCACUACUUGCCAGCCACAUACGGUGCAGUUUUGACGUCUUCACCACCAGUCACACAAGUCUCAGGUCAUCGAUGAGCCUAUUUGUUGGAUGUGAUACUAAAACCUGUAACUCCCCACUAGUCUGUGAUAACUGAAAGCAUCUUAGGUGAGAGGUGACAGGUCAAGAACCAAAAUAAAGUCUGAUUACUUCCUACUGAAGCAUUUAGAAUCACACUGACAUGGAUGACCAACAGUCUCUACAGACAAUCUGUAUUUAUAGGAAGCUGUUUUUUUCACAUAAACUGCAGCUUUAGCAUUCCUCUGCUAAUUACUUGUUGUAAGUAAAAGAAAAAGAUCUUCUGGAUAUUUCUUUUUUUUUUUGGCUGAUGUUCUUUGUGGAGCUGGUUUACCAAACAAUACAGGAAAUACAGUCCAAAUUUGUUUUCAAUUUUUGUUUCCAUUGCAGUAGUGUACGUCUACUUGCCAAACAAGUCUAUUUUCAUCGACAACAGUGUUAUUUUUACAGUUUUGCGUGGAACUGGAAUUGGAACACGGCUGAGACACAGUUUUGGUAUCCUCCAGUAAGAUCAACCAAUCAAUAAUAAAUUAAAUUUAAGUUGACAAAAUAGCCCUAGAGACAGAAGUCCCCUUCUUAUGUAACAGAUUAAAGAUGCCCUCUAGUGGUGAGAAACCAGGGAUUGUAGAGUGUACAUUAGUCUUUUUCCCAUCUCGGUUUUUAUGAGACUUUAUUCCUACGAUGAAACUGCAGAAAUAGGGGGCGUAUUCUGUCUCCAUUCAGAGACGAUUUGUCGCAAUGGUUACAUGGGGGCGUCAUUGUUUUUCCUUGAAUGUGCUCCCACACUGAGAACAAUAUAAUUAGCUGUUGUCUCAUGGAGGAAGUGUGGUUAGUUGUUUUCUACAUAGAGUGGUUAAAAAAAGCUCAGAUUUUGUGGAAUAGCUUGCACAUUGAACAAAUGUAAAUCAUAAGUGAGAAACACAUCUGCCACACGUCUGGAGAAUAAUUCAGUAACGGCAUUAGGGCUCAGUUAAAAAUGAAGAAAGUCUUUUUCCUACCACAAUGACAUAACUAGUCAUAAGUCAGCACCUUUAAUAGUUGGUGGGCAGUUGAUCUCGCUUUUUAACAGGUUUAAUUCCUAAUUUAUUUGCUUCCUUUGACGUAAACAACAUUACUCGGAAGUUAUUCUUACACACUUCAAGACAAAUGGCUUUAAAUGAUGGUGUAAGAAGGCGUGAUCAAGCAGUCAGCGUGGUGAAAUAUGUGUUGGUUUUUGCUGUCCACACAUCACAUUCCUCAUAAAGGUUUAUUAUGUGGUUUCGAGGCAGACACUUGAUGGUAUAAAAACUGAAUACCUCAACCAAGACACCAGCUGCAGAGACGACAGAGGAUGGACGCAGCGAUUAGAAAGACACAAAACCUGUUUAUCGGCUGAAGAGGGCAACUUGCUGUGUUGGAUUCAAAGUUGUUGUUUUUUUUUUUCCAGAAAUGGAAAAAGGUCUAAGGAGGAAAAUGGAAUAUAGAUUGGAGUUAAUAGCGCUUCUUGUUUUGAUGACAACAGCUUCAUCUGUUGCCUCGAGCGGCCAAGACCUCGCAGACGCAGUGGCAUAUUUAAAGAAGUUUGGCUACCUGCAUAUCCCGCUGGAUAGCAAAGGCCAAAACCCUUCACCUGCGCAAAUAGCUGAGGCAAUAAGCAUCUUUCAGAAAGUGAUGAACCUGCAAAUAUCUGGAAAACUGAAUUCAGCCACACUGGAAAUGAUGAACAAGCCUCGUUGUGGCCUAGAAGAUUCUUUCAAUCAGAAAUCUCUCAAAUAUCGAGUCAUGGGUUACUGGCGUAAGAAGAUGCUCACCUACCGCAUUUACAACUACACUCCUGACCUGGGGCAGUUAAAGACCCGUCUGGCCAUCCAGAAUGCUUUCAAGUAUUGGAGUGAUGUGUCGCCUUUAAAAUUCAGGGAGUUGCACGGAGGAAGAGCAGACAUCAAAAUCUCCUUUCACAGAAAAGAUAAGACGUGUCCAGUGCCCUUUGAUGGACGAGGCCAUGUCUUAGCCCAUGCUGAUGCCCCUGAGUCAGGCAUUGUGCACUUUGAUGAGGAUGAACUGUGGACAGAAGGAAAGACCUACGGCUCCAACCUGAGGAUUGUGGCAGCUCAUGAGAUUGGCCACGCUCUCGGCCUGGGUCACUCACAGUACUACAGCGCUCUGAUGGGCCCCGUAUACAACGGAUACCGCUCCGACUUCAAGCUACAUCCAGAUGACAUACGAGGGAUCCAGGCUUUAUACGGAAAGCCAGAGAAGAGUCCUCCAUCCCCAAAUCCAGGCCAGUUACUGCCAGGAGGAGUUAUUCCAGAUCCUUGCAAGGCCACUCUGGAUGCAGUUAUGUUGGGUCCUUUGCGUAAAACAUACAUUUUCAGCGGACAGCAUGUGUGGACAGUGUCCAACUCUGGCUACAACACUCCCAUCCUGAUUUCUGCACUGUGGAGGGAGCUGCCAGGAAGCCUCAGUGCAGCUGUUCACUCUCAGCGGACUGGCAAGUCCUACUUUCUGAAAGGAGACAAAGUGUGGAGAUACACAGGCUUCAAACUUGACCGCGGCUUUCCCAAACCUUUGGCCAACAUCCCAACAAAUAUCGACUCAGCCUUUUACUUCAGCAAGAACAAAAAACUGAUAUUUGUAAAAGGCUCUGCAUACUGGCAGUGGGAUGAAAUGGGUCCUACAGACUUCAGCGUAUAUCCCAAACCUCUGGGGCAGCUCAUCCGCGGAGCACCCAGCGGCACUGAUGCUGCACUAACGUGGACUAAUGGCCAUAUAUACAUGUUUAAAGGGGCCCAGUACUGGCGGGUAAACCAUCAGCACCAGUCAGUGGAGAAGGGUUAUCCUGUCAGCACUGCCUCACACUGGAUGCAGUGUGACGACUGAGCCAGCAGAGGCCACCAGGGACUCAACACAAACCAACUCAGUGAAGCAGUCUAACAGCAGUGAGAUGCCUCCAGUCUUUGCAUUGGCUGAACUGUGUGGGUGUUUACUGACUGCAUCUGACAUCAGCCUCAGUCUCCUGUUGGCUCACAUUGCUGUCAUUCCUUUUAGAAUAUACUCUUAAAGCAUUUAUAGAAUUCAAUUAUAAUUAAACUAUUAAUAAAAUAUUUGUCAAGCUUUCAGAAAUUGACAUAUUAACUCCCCCUCCUUCAAUUAAUAUUCGUCACAGAGAGAAGAACCAGUCUGACACUAACAAGAAUGUAACUUUGCUACUAGCUUAACUAGUCAUCCCUUUAUCUGCAUGUAUCUUGUCUAGACACUUGUUUGUGUGGACUGUAGCAAACUACCAUUUGCAGUAAUUAUUUAUUGGAAGUGUACUGUAUCAUUGUGUGUAUAUUUAUUAUGUUGUCUAUAUGCAUUUUAUUAACUACACUAUAUUGCCAAAAGUAUUCACUCAACUGCCUUGACUCGCAUAUGAACGUGACAUCCCAUUCCUAAUCCAUAGGGUUCAAUAGGACGUUGGUCCACCCUUUGCAGCUACAACAGCUUCAACUCUUCUGGGAAGGCUGUCCACAAGGUUUAGGAGUGUGUUUAUGGGAAUUUUUCACCAUUCUUCCAGAAGCACAUUUGUGAGGUCACACACUGAUGUUGGACCAGAAGGCCUGGCUCUCAGUCUCUGCUCUAAUUCAUUCCAAAGGUGUUCUAUCAGGUUGAGGUCAGGACUCUGUGCAGGCCUGUCAAGUUCAUCCACACCAGACUCUGUCAUCCAUGUCUUUAUGGACCUUGCUUUGUGUGCUGGUGCACAGUCACGUUGGAAGAGGAAGGGGCAAGCUCCAAACUGUUCCCACAAAGUUGGGAGCAUAGAAUUGUCCAAAAUGUCUUGGUAUGCUGAAGCAUUCAGAGUUCUUUUCACUGGAACUAAGGGGCCAAGCCCAGUUCCUGACAAACAACCCCACACCUUAAUCCCCCUCCACCAAACUUUACACUUGGCACAAUGCAGUUCAACAAGUAUCGUUCUCCUGGCAACCGCCAAACCCAGACUGGUCCAUCAGAUUACCAGAUGGAGAAGCAUGAUUGGUCACUCUAGAGAAGGCGUCUCCACUGCUCUAGAGUCCAGUGGCGGCGUGCUUUACACCACUGCAUCCCACGCUUUGCAUUGUACUUGGUGAUGUAUGGCUUGGAUGCAGCUGCUCUGCCAUGGAAACCCAUUCCACGAAGCUCUCUGCUGAAGCACUGUUCUUGAGCUAAUCUGAAGGCCACAUAGAGUUUGAAGGUCUGUAGCGAUUGACUCUCCAGAAAGUUGGUGAUCUCUUGGCACAAUGCGCCUCAGCAUCCGCCGACUCUGCUCCGUCAGUUUACGUGGCCGACCACUUGGUGGCUGAGUUGCUGUCGUUCCCACACACUUCCACUCUCUUAUAAUACAGCUGACAGUUGACUGUGGAAUAUUUAGGUGCAAGGAAAUGUCACGACUGGAUUUGUUGCACAGGUGGCAUCCUAUUACAGUUCCACACUGGAAUUUACUGAGCUCCUGAGAGCCACCUAUUCUUUCACUAAUGUUUGUAAAAGCAGUCUGCAUGCCUCGGUGCUUGAUUUGAUACACCUGUGGCCAUGGAAGUGAUUGGACCACCUGAUUCUGAUUAUCUGGAUGGGUGAGCGAAUACCUUUGGCAAUAUAGUGUAUGUUUUUAUAACAUCUUCUUACAUAUAACUGGGGACAGUAGAGGAAAAAUUGCUACCAUGGAUAACAGUCACUAUUUGAAAGUUAUUUUCAUUCAAGGUAAUUAAAUAAAAUGAGUGCAGUUAUGAAUAAAUAAGUUAUGGCUUUGGGUUACUGAUGGAAGUCAAGGGUUCACCUCCAGAACUGCAGAGCUCUGAUGGACCCCAAACCUGUCUACAGCUUUCUAACAAAGCUGGGUUACGACCAAAUGAUGAGAUUAUGAAAAUGAAAAUGUGGAAAACACAGAAUUUCCCUGUGGUGUGAUGUACAAGUGACGACGAAGACUGCUUCUUCUCAAU